UUGACGGGAAGGCCCUGCUCGAGUCCCUGCUUCUCUGCCCCUGGUCAUCUGUUCCUCACCCCGACACAUACCACCUCCCACCCACCCCGGUCCACCUGCCUCCCGCCGGGGAUGGCCCCGCGGUGACGGCAGCCAGGACCCCACGGCGAGCUGGUGCCCUCGCCCACGCACCCCGCGAGUCUACCCUCCUCCUCUCCGUAUUCUGAGCUCUCUGAAAAGAGAGGAGACGCAGGGGAAGAUGUGGCUGAAGCUUUUUUUCUUGCUCCUCUAUUUUCUGGUCCUUUUCGUCCUGGCCAGGUUUUUUGAGGCCAUUGUGUGGUAUGAAACUGGCAUCUUUGCCACCCAGCUGGUGGAUCCGGUGGCGCUGAGCUUCAAGAAGCUGAAGACCAUCCUGGAGUGUCGGGGGCUGGGGUAUUCGGGGUUGCCCGAAAAGAAGGAUGUCCGGGAACUGGUGGAAAAGUCAGGUGACCUGAUGGAAGGUGAGCUUUAUUCUGCACUCAAAGAAGAAGAAGCAUCUGAAUCUGUUUCUAGUACCAAUUUCAGUGGUGAAAUGCACUUCUAUGAGCUUGUAGAAGACACAAAAGAUGGCAUCUGGCUGGUUCAGGUCAAUGAAUGGUCAUUGAAGAUAAGAAAGGAAAUGAGAGUUGUUGACAGGCAAAUAAGAGAUAUCCAAAGAGAAGAAGAAAAAGUGAAACGAUCUGUGAAAGAUGCUGCCAAGAAGGGUCAGAAGGAUGUCUGUGUGGUUCUGGCUAAGGAGAUGAUCAGGUCAAGGAAGGCCGUGAGCAAGCUCUAUGCAUCCAAGGCACACAUGAACUCCGUGCUCAUGGGGAUGAAGAACCAGCUGGCGGUUUUGCGAGUGGCUGGUUCCCUGCAGAAGAGCACAGAAGUGAUGAAGGCCAUGCAGAGUCUUGUAAAGAUCCCGGAAAUCCAGGCCACCAUGCGGGAGCUGUCCAAAGAGAUGAUGAAGGCUGGGAUCAUAGAAGAGAUAUUAGAGGACACUUUUGAAAGCAUGGACGAUCAAGAAGAAAUGGAAGAAGCAGCAGAGAUGGAAAUUGACAGAAUUCUGUUUGAAAUCACCGCAGGGGCCUUAGGCAAAGCGCCUAGUAAGGUGACAGACGCCCUCCCAGAGCCUGAACCUUCAGGAGCGAUGGCUGCAUCAGAAGAUGAGGAGGAGGAAGAAGAGGCCCUGGAGGCCAUGCAGUCCCGUCUGGCCACACUCCGCAGCUAGGGCGCCCUAGCCGGCCGCAGGCUUUCGUCCUGGGCCCUUCACAGGGCGCACACUCCUUGAAGCCUCUGCCAUUUCUGUGUCUUUUGCACUACACCUCUGGGUGAGACACUGCAUUCUGGAGAAGGUUCUUUGCUAUUCUCUCUUCUCUCUCUGCAGAGGCUUGGGAUUCAGUGAGAUUGUUCUUGAGAGGUGGUGUAAUAAAUGCAUCAUUUUCAGGAGUGUAAAUAGAAGUUAUCUUUUUAGGGGAUGAGGGCAAAGAAGUCUUGUCUUCUCACAGUGUACUUCAGAGAGUAGAGUUGAUUGCCUGAAUGUUGAGGACUCUGUACUUUCUUUUUCUGGCCUGUAAAACACUAUAUAAAUGGAUUUUAAUAAAUUUCUGCUUUAACACUUGGUCUCAUCAUAGAUUGUCAGGUGCAGUGAGCUUGCAAGGUAUCUCUUGUCCCAAAUUACGUCCUGUGUCGGCCGUGGAAAGAGGAGGUGUUACAGCAGGGCGUGUGGGGCUCGGAAGCUCAAUGGAAGGCACUUCUGCUCAGUGGACGCUGCUCCUCAGCCUCCACAAGGUGCUUUGCCAGCUGCUCUUCCUGUGUUUGUCAGCUUUGUAUAAGCGAAAGGAUGCCUGGGAAUUGUGGCCCCUUGUCUUGUGGGCUGGGUGGCUAUAUUAUAUUGGCCUGAGGCAGGUGUGUGUAUCUGCAGCUUUUUCCUUCCCACUGCAGAUUGUGGACAGCAGUGGGGUUAGGCCUCUAUCACCCUCUGAUUGCCUUCUCCUGUGUUAAGCUGGUUGUCUUGGAUGUAUGGGAUAUGUGCGUACAUAUCAGUGCUUUCUCAAAGCCAGGAGCUGACCAAUGAGAAGGCAUGGUGCAGUCAUGCAGUGUAAAUGAUUCACACAUUUCUAAGUGACAUUUUUAAAUCAUUCAGCAAUAGCGACCUAUAUUUUUGUGGGCCUGACAGUUUACAAAGCUGUUGAACAUAUGUGAUCAUUCAGUCUUCACAAAUUAGGAAAACACCUCAGCUUGCUGAAGUGACAUACUCUAAAUCAUAAAAUGGCAGAACUGGGGUUCAACCCAAAUCCCUCUGGUCCAUGUCUUAUGUGCCCUACACAGGUAGGGAAAAAACCCCGGCCACUGUCCCCCAGGUUGGUUUCUGUAGGUUGUGUGGAGAAAUGCGAAUGUAUUGGAUGUGCUGCACUGAGGAACUUUUCCUCUCAUCCUGCAAAAUGGGACUCUCCAAUCCAGGGCACUGUCCUCUUACUCUUGAUCUCAUCUUCAGGAUACAGUUCAGUUUUUAAGUAAACUUCUUUUGAAAGAAGUUUUAGGUUCAGAGGAAAAUUGAGCAGAAAAUAGAGUUCCCAUAAAUACCUCUUGCCCUGACACAUGCAGUCUCCCACUUAGAUGUAUUGACAUAUCACAUCCCAGAAGUAUGUUUAUUCCUGGAAUCCUACAGUAUGUAGCCCUAUAAGAUUGCCUUCUUACAUUUAGUAAUAUGCAUGUAAGUUUCCUCCAUGUCUUUUUCAUGGCUUGAUAGGUCCUUUUUAGUGCUGAAUUAUAUUUCAUUGCUCACAGGCACUACACUAGACAUCCACCUGUGGAAGGACAUUUUGGUUGCUCCGAAGUUUCACCAGCUGUGAAUAAAGCCAUACAUGUCUGUGUGCAGGUCUUUGUGUAGACAUACAUGUCACCUCAUUUAGGUGAACAACAAGGAGCACAAUUGCUGGAUCAUAUGGUAAGAGUAUGUCUGGUUCUGUAAAAAGCUGACAGUUCCAAAGUGGUGGUAUUGUUUUGCAUUCCCACCAAUAAUGAUGUGAGUUCCUACUGCUCCACGUCCUCACCAGCAUUUGAUGUUGUGUUUUGCAUUUUGACUGUCCUAGUGUGAAACAGUAUCUUCUUUUAAUUUGCAUUUCCCUGAAGAUACAUGAUGUUGAACAUCUUUUUAUAUACUUUUUUGCCAUAUGUAUAUAUUCUUUGGUGAGAUAUUUGUUUAGAACUUUUGUCCAUUUUUAAUUGGGUUGUUCAUUUUCUAAUUGCUGAGGUUUAAGAGUUCUUUGUGUACUAUGGGUAAUAGUCCUUUAUCAGAAAUAUCCUUUGCAAAUGUUUUCUCCUAAUCUGUGGCUUGUCUUCUAAUUCUCUUCAUGCUUUUCUCACAGAGCAGUUUUUAAUAUUAAUGAAGUCCAUCUUACCAGUUAUUUCAUGAUAGUGCCUUUGAUGUUGGAUCUUAAAAGUCACUGCCAUACCCAAGGUCACUUAGAUUUUCUGUAUUAUUUUAUUAGUAGUCUUAUAGUUUUGUAUUUUACAUUUGGGGUUCCCAGGUGGCUCAUUGGUAAAGAAUCUGCCUGCCAAUGCAGGAGACACAGGUUUGAUCCCUGGGUUGGGCAGAUCUCCUGAAGGAGAAAAUGGCAACCCACUGCAGUAUGCUUGCUGGGAUAAUCCCAUGGAGAAAGGAGCCUGGCAGGCUAUAGUACCUGGGGUCACAAAGAGCCAGACGUGACUGAAUGACUGAGCAUACAUGCACUGUGGUCUGUGAUUAAUUCUUGUAAAGCAUGUAAGGUCUGUGUCUAGAUUUAUAUCUUUGCAUGUGGAUGUCCAGUUAUUCCAGCACCAUUUAUUGGAAAGAUGGUCUUUGCUGCAGUGUACUACCCUCACUGCUCCAUCAGAGAUCUAUUGACUGCAUUUAUGGGGGCCUAUUUCAGGGCUCUCUGUUCUGCUCCCUUGAUGUAUUUGCCUGUUCUUUUACCAGUACCACACUGUCUUGAUUACUGUAGCUUUAUAAAUAAGUCUUGAGGUCAGGUAGCAUCAGUCCUCCAACUUUGUUCUUCAGCAUUGUAUUGUCUGUUCUGGGUCUCUUGCAUCUCUAAACAGACUUUAGAAUUCAUGUGUCAAUAUGCACAAAAUAACUUGCUUAGGAUUUUGAUUAGAAUUGCUUUGAAUCUACAGGUCCAGUCGAGAGGAACUAACAUUGCCAGGAUAGAGUUUUAUGACUGCAUUUAUCUGGCUGAUUUAUUCAUGGAAUGAUUUUGGAAUUAAGGAAUGCUCAUAAUCUCUGAGCACUUUUGUUCUUAUGUGGAUAAUCAGAGUUUAUCCAGGUGCAUGGAUGGACAGAAUAAUGACAACCACUCUUUCAGCGAUUCAAAUAAAAUGAUCUAAAUAUA